AUGGAAUGUUUUAAUCACUGGAAUCAGAAUAUCUUUUAUCAAUGCUACAUUAUUUAUACUAAUAUCAGUAUCCCGAGCAGCACAAGCGGCAAUUCCGCAAAAGUUAAUUUCGAUUCUCCUUAUAGGAAACUAAAUACCCAUUGCAAGUUUCCUAUAAGGUUCCUACUGGGUCAUAUAAUUAACGCUGCAAGUCAGAAUUCACGGAAUCCGCUAAAAGCAAACCAUAGAAAUACAAGCGGAGAAGUUGUGCCGCCUGGAUAUUUACAACCAAUUAAUGAAUUAACAGAUCAUACCUUGUGGUCGAUUCUGAGCUUAAAAAUUCAGAAAAAUUUUCUCAACGUGAACAUAAAAUUUUAA